AUGGAUGAUGAGGAAUAUCAAGCAGAUGCGUUGGUCAGAAGGCUUGAUAUAAUAUAUCAAGAUAUCUCCAGAUUGAUUGACGAAUUGUCAAAUAUCGUCUCAAAUCAACAUUCAAUACAAAAGGCAACAGCAAUAUUUAAUAGACUAAAGUUAUUAAUUAAUGAAUCUGAACCAAAUCCAAAGCUAUUAGACAAUCAAUUGGGGUUUUAUAUUCCAUGUUUAACAAACCUAUUUCUUGCAUUAAAGGUUCUGACCCCAUUGAGGAGUGGUAUAUGUGAGAUCAUUUACAAUUUUAGUAAAAUAAGAGGCUUCAAAUUUAUAAGUAAUUACUUUUCAUCUGAUAUUUAUAUUAUAGAUACCUUGAUUGACAUGAUAGAGAAUUGUGAUGGAAAUAUUGGGGAUAAUGAAAUGUUUACAUGCCUUCUAUGGUUGUCAAAUUUAGUUUUAAUUCCAUUUAAAUUGGAUGAUAUUGAUCCAAAGUUAAUGAAUCGUUUUUAUCAAAUUGGGUUGGAACAUUUAAAAAUACAUUCAAACGCAUCUAAGAAUCAAAUUGUAUCGCUGAUUAUACUAUCUCGAUUGUUGACUAGAUCAGACUCAACAGAGCUUUUGCAGAGUUAUUUAUAUGAACAAGUUGGCCUUGAGUGGAAAUCCAAUAACUUGGAUUCAACUAUCAGAUUAGGUCAUUUGCUUACUAUCAACAAGAUUUUAAAGAGAACCACUCUUUCUAAUGAUGACUUAAUGAUUAUAUAUGACUUGAUCUCCCUUGAUUUACUUUGUUUACAAAAGAAUAUCAAUUCUUUAAACAACAAUCAUAUAUUAUUUUUGAUUAAGAUUCUAAGUAAACUAUCAAUAAGAUUUGGGGAAAACUAUUCACAGAUUUCACUUAUUAUAAAUAACUUGAUUAAUGAUGUGAUGAAUUUAUUAAUGAAUAAAAAAUUAGAUAUGAAAUUACGGUAUGAGAUUGCUAAAUCACUUUCAGAAAUAAAUCUUAGUUUAUCAAAGAGAGCCUUAAAUUAUCGAAACCAACUAAUCAUUCAUGUAUUGGAUUUACUUGAUGUAGAUCUAACCAAUGAUGAAAUAGAAAUAAAUGAUGAUAAGAUAAUAAUCCCUAAAUACCAUACAAUUUUGUUGUUUUUGGGUUAUAUUUCAUUAAAUAAAUCUUUACCAUUAGACUUCGUUCCAUUGAUUCUAAAGAUUAUCCAUAGGACAUUGUUUAUUGAACAAAGACGAUUUCAAACUGUUUUGGGUAAUCAAUUACGUGAUUCAUCUUGUUUUAUUCUAUGGUCAAUCUGUCGAACAUUGACAAUCAAACAAUUCGAUAAAUAUCGAACAUAUUUAGAAAUUGUCCUUUUUGAUCUAAUCAAGGUUAUAAUAUUUGAUUCUGAUUUGAUUGUUAGAAAAUGUGGAUUAGCAGUAUUACAAGAAUUCAUAGGUAGAUUCGGUCAACAUAUGUUUAUUCAUUUGCAAGAUCCCAAUGAAAGAGGAGAGUUUAUUAUUAAAUUUAUUGAAAUAUUUAAUAGUUUUAAUAGACCUCUUGAAUUAAUUAAGCCUUUGAUAAUAAUUGGAAAUUUAAAUAAGAACUUGUUUAUUCAAAUAUUGCUACAAAAGGUAUGUGAUGACAAUAAUUCAUUAAAAUUGAGAAAAUCCUUAUCUCGUUCUCUUAAACAGGUGAUUGAUUUACCUAAGGAUGGUGGCAUAGAGUUCGGCAUUAAUCCUGUAUCAUAUACUACCGAACAAGUUAUAAAGAGUUUAAUUGAAGAAAAGGCUUCCAUAUAUACUAUUUGUGAAAUUGCUGCCGAUGAAAAUGAUGAUAAGUACAGUGAAUAUCUUGAAGGAAUUUAUAACAAUUAUAAAUUUGACCAUCAUCACGAUAAUGCUGAACGAGCGGAAGGAUAUUUGAAAUUAGUCAAUACAUUUUCCAAUAGAUCAUCACAAUUUGAAUUCAAUAAUUGGGAUACAUUACUUGAAAUAACAAGAGUUAAUAGUUGUGAUAUAUAUCAAUUCCAAAUAUUUUUUGAAAAUUUAAAGACAGACAUUCCCGCUAAUGUCUUUCAAACCAUCUUGCAUUAUAUAAAUAAUUCCAAUUUUAUUUUAUCCCAAGUUAUCUUCAGUUAUGAUGGUUUAACAAUUGAUCAAUUGGAUGAAUUGAUGAGGAUUAUUGAAAAUAAACGGAUUGAUAGUGAUAUCCGAAGUAAUUUAUUAACCAAUUUAACCCAUAACUUUGAUUUAAUCAAGCAAGAUAAUGAUUUGUUAGUCAGAUUGAUCGACUUACUUGAUGAUUAUACCAUCACCAACCAAGGUGAUGUAGGUUCAAAGAUUAGAUUGAGGGCUCUUAUAUUGAUAGAUCAGAAUUUUGAUCGUUUUUCAGAGUUAUUCAAUAGCGUAGAGUUAAAAGCCAUAAGGCUAGUUGGUGAAUUGAUGGAUAAGAUUAGAGUAAAAGCAUUUAAAUUGGUGUUAAGGAUCAAUAGUGUAAGUUAUAUAGAUGAUGAUUUUAGUGAUAUAUCAAGUUCAUAUUUUGCAACUUUAUUCACAUUUUUCAAUGAUAACGUUUUAAAAUGUGACAAAUCGGACUUGGUAGAGCAAUUUUUAAUUGGUAUGUCAUUUACAAUUGGAGCCAUGGUUGCUAAUAAGGCAAUUACUCAUAAAUCAUUUAUAGAAUUUUUGAAAUUUUUGCAAUCAUUAGAUGAGUUGGAUCAAGAUGAGAUUCUUGAUAUAUAUCUCAACAACUUAUUAAAGCAAUACAAAACAUCUGAUGAAAGACAUUUGAAAGGACAAGUUAUGAUAGUUAAUGUAUUCCAAAGGUUAUUUGAAAGUAAUUAUCAAUUUCCCUCCAAGUUUAAAUUUGAAAAAUUAUUCAUUGGAUGUUAUAAUUUACAUAUUAAUACUACUAAUAUUAAUCGAAUACAGAUAUCUGCUAAUAUAUUUCAAUAUAUUUUACAACACAAUACUUCUAAUGAGUUAAAGAUCAAGAUUAUGAAUCGAUUAAUAUGGAUAAGUUGUCAACAUAGGAUCCCAAAGAUUAGGAAAAUUAUUGGUGAAGAGAUAUUAUUUGAAAUUAAUCAGUAUAUGAAUGAUAAUGAUGUUGAUACUGAGAUUAAGAUACAAGAGAUACUUGAUUCCAUUGAAUGGGAUCAUGAGAGUCCACAAAACUUGAAGCGACACAUACCGAUAUUGCAAAAGAUGUUUUUAAAGAAUUUACAAGUAUAA